AUGCGCGACGCUACAUUCCUCUUCUCGAGCGCUUCUUCGGGCUCUUACGUGCGUCUUCGUUCGUCUCUCCCUCGUUAUACACGAAGCCAUGGUUCGUUGCGGUAUUUCUCGGGCGAAAUCCAUCCUCGACAUGUUGGCGUAAAGGUCCCCGGCAAUCGGCCGAUAUCCCAUAAUAAUGCCAGUGCGCAUUACCCUUACUCAGACGGUGGCUUAUUGUAUCCAUCAUCGGCCUCAUAUUCCACUUCCUCCAAGAGCUCCGACAAUGGAGAUUGGGACGCGAACCCGGACCUGUCGUCGAUAUCGGCGUUUUCGGAGCUUCCUUCAAAAGACUUUGGAAUCAACCAGCACAUGAUCAUCAACCAGGAAUUCAAGGAAGCUUUGCGCCAGAUUCUGUGGCAGUUCCGAGCUCCGAUCAGGUACGCAUUUGCAUAUGGAUCCGGUGUAUUUCCGCAAAAUGGCAGCGCCCCGGGCUCCGAUCAGUGCCAUCCGUCAGCCCCAGCAGCAAUCCAAAAUAUGCAACAAGGCAAAGGGAAGAUGAUUGACUUCAUCUUUGGUGUUUCUUACUCACAGCACUGGCAUUCAUUAAAUCUCGCACAGCACCGGAAUCAUUACUCGGGACUCGGCUCUUUAGGGUCUUACACUGUCUCUCAAGUACAGGACAGAUUCGGCGCAGGCGUCUACUUCAACCCGUAUAUAACCGUCAACGGCACAUUGAUCAAGUAUGGGGUUGUCAACAUCGACACGUUAUGUAAUGAUCUCAGUCGAUGGGAUACGUUAUACCUUGCUGGUCGACUGCAGAAGCCUGUCAAGAUUCUGCGGGACCAUCCCAAGGUACGGCUCGCAAACCAGAUGAAUCUUCUCUCUGCUGUACGGGUAGCAUUGUUACUGCUUCCGGAGCAGUUCACAGAGUUCCAGCUAUAUAACACGAUAGCUUCAAUGAGCUACAUGGGUGACCUCCGCAUGGCGUUGCCGGUGGAGGACCCCAGGAAGGUCAACAACAUCGUCUCUUCACAGAUGGCCAACUUCCGACGCUUGUACGCGCCGCUAAUCGAAAACCUUCCCAACGUUGUCUUCAACGACAGGCGUUGCUCGGACAACGACUGGAUUGAUGAUCCCAAUGCCAAUGUGCGACUCUCACAAGAUAUGGAUCCUGUAAAGCGCGGUAACAUGGUCCGCCGCCUGCCGGAGACAUUCCGCGAAAAGCUAUACUUCCAGUAUCAAGCGCGCUUUGGCAUACCUCGCGCAGAAUUCAACAAGAUGAUGAAGGAAAGUAAUGACAAUGAUCCGGAGCUUAUUCGACGCAGGCAGGGUGGAAAGUUCGAGCAGCGUAUUGCUAGCGAUGAAGGUCUCACCAAAGAGAUCCAAGCUGCAAUAACAAAGACAAUCCGGUGGCCAAGCUCUGUAGAGACGGUCAAGGGACUGUUCACUGCGGGCAUAUCCCGGACCUGGCGGUAUCUCAGAGCGAAGCAAGACAAGUGGAGGAACUCUGGCAAGAAAGCGAAAGAGUCAAGCAGAGAGCCUCCAAAGUCUUCCAAACAAGAAUAG